AAAUAAAGUUUCUGAUUCAGAAACCUACGAAACCUCAGCCACAUGAAUUCACUUUUUUCCCUCAAAAGGGGCGUGAGAAAUGCAAUUAGAGUAAAAUCUAACUAAAAGGUUCAUUGCAUGCCUACCUCCCCCACCCCAUAGAUAAUUCCUGUCUUCCACCUCAUAGACUACAAAAUUCAAAACACAAAAACAAAAUCUAUGUACAAAUUUUCAGAAUUCCUUUAACAAAUGGCCUUCAACAACAAAUCCAAGAAGUCCAGUUCCCCUUCUAAAUUUACUUUCUGUGUCACCCUUUUCUUCCUUGUCCUCUUCACCAUACCAGCAUUUUUCCUCCUCCACACACCCACCACAUGCACCACCCUCUCCAAAACCUGGUCUGGUGAUCUUCUUUUAGCCGAAUUCGCUUGGAACAAACUCCCCUUUCUGGAACAGAACCCUUCACCUGUACCUCUUAAAAUCGCUGUCUUCUCUAGAAAAUGGCCUAUUGGAACGACUCCUGGUGGCAUGGAGCGCCAUGCAUACACACUUCACACUGCUCUUGUUCAGCGGGGCCACAAGGUUCAUAUAUUUACCUCUCCUCCACAAGAAGAAACCUCUUCAACCUUUUCUUCAGACACAACCAAUCACCAAGACGAUGUUAAUGCACCCUCUUCGCCCUUCAUCCAUUGCCAUGAAGGGGAGCCAGGAAAGUGGCGCUACAACAAAGCAUGGGAACAGUUUCUGGAACAAAACCAGAAAGAACCCUUCGAUGUUGUUCACUCAGAAAGUGUAGCACUUCCUCAUUGGCUCGCUCGCGACCUUCCAAACCUUGCAGUUUCAUGGCAUGGCAUAGCACUUGAGAGUUUGCAAUCUAGCCUUUUCCAAGACUUAGCUCGUAGAGCCGAUGAACCAAGAUCCCCGGAUUUUGACAAAGGUUUAUACGGGGUUCUCCCUAAGAUUCUAAAUGAGAUAAGGUUCUUCAGAAACUAUGCACACCAUGUUGCUAUCAGUGAUAGUUGUGGUGAGAUGUUAAGAGAUGUGUACCAAAUCCCCAGCAGAAGAGUGCAUGUGAUUCUCAAUGGAGUUGAUGAGGGUGACUUCAGAGAAGAUGUGGAAUUGGGAAAGGAAUUUAGAACCAAAAUUGGCAUUCCAAGCAAUGCUAGUUUAGUGCUUGGUGUCGCUGGAAGAUUAGUUAAGGACAAAGGCCACCCUCUCCUUCACGAAGCAUACUCUAGGCUAAUAACAAAACACCCUAAUGUGUAUUUGAUUGUAGCUGGCUCAGGACCAUGGGAGAAUCGAUAUAGGGAUUUAGGAAAGCAAGCUCUUGUUCUUGGAUCCAUGAGUCCUUCCAUGCUACGAGCAUUCUACAAUGCCAUUGACAUUUUUGUCAAUCCCACACUUAGACCACAAGGGCUUGAUCUUACACUGAUGGAAGCCAUGAUGAGUGGGAAACCCCUUUUGGCAUCAAGGUUUCCUAGCAUCAAAGGUAGUGUUGUGGUGGAUGAUGAAUUUGGCUUUAUGUUCUCUCCCAACGUGGAAUCCCUAAUGGAGUCACUUGAAGCAGUGGUGAAGGAAGGAAAGGUAAGCCUUGCAAGGAGGGGAAAUGCAUGCCGUGAAUAUGCAAUUUCUAUGUUUACGGCAACAAAGAUGGCGUUGGCAUAUGAGAGACUAUUCCUAUGCAUAAAAGAAGAUAAGUUUUGUAACUAUCAUUGAGGUGUAAUAUUUUUCUUUCUAU